AUGGAUCACAUUGAAGUCACUGCCCUGCUGGCUUGUGCACAGAAUGCCAGUAGGAGAGUCACUGGGCAAACAGUUCCUUCCCCUGCAAAGGAUGUGGUCCUGAGCACUCAAAGCAACCCUUCAGUGCUAGUGGCCUCCUGGAGUGAAGCCCCUGGUGGGAAAGAUGGCUACCAGCUGGUUCUCUACCACACGGAUUCGCAGGCCGCUGUCAGGAAUGUGACCCUUCCAAAAGGAGCCACCACUUUCCAGUUUGACAGGCUUCUGGCUGGCAGCAAGUAUGCCCUGCGCAUCACCACACUGGCGGGUCACUCUGCAGCAAGCACCAGUGUACAGCAGUGGACAGCCCCUGUUGCCCCUAAGAAACUGACCUUACAGAGCAGGCGCUCCAGCUCCAGCCUCACCGCCUCAUGGGCCAGCGCAGAGGGAGCAGAGUGGCUGCAUUUCACCCUCCAAAACCUCCGCACCCCUACCGAAAGCAUCACAGUGUCAACCGGGAAGGGUGUGGACAGCUACACUUUUCAGCACCUGCAACCUGGUACCCUCUACUUACUGAAGGUCAGCGUGUCAGCUGGGCAUUAUGAGGCUGAGGGUCCCAAUGCCACCGCUUAUACACACCCUCUGAGCCCAACCAGUGUGAGCUUGGUCAACUCUGGCAGAAACAACACCUUGAAGGCGUCAUGGGAAUCCCCGGCUGGAGGAAGAGAAUUCUAUCUGGUGACUCUGCAGGAGGGAAGGAGCAGCAUGCCCCUCCGAAAUGUGACAGUAGCGGCCCACAGCACACAUGUUACCUUCCGUGGCCUGAGUCCUGGGACUCGUUACACUGCUUGGGUGGCUGCUGUUGCUGGGCCCCACAGAGCACCCUCGCAGAACACCUCUGCCUGGACAUAUCCAUUAGCUCCACCGGGUGGCAGCCUGUCGAGCCAGGGCAGUGCCCACAUGCUUCAUGCUCGGUGGCAAGAGGUGGCUGGGACGGGCUAUGUGGCAGCGCUGUACACCACAGAACCACCCAUGGUGGUGCAAAACAACUCGCUGCCUAAAGGCUAUUCUGGCCUGCGUUAUGAGCGGUUAAGCCCAGGCACUCACUAUGUGUGGGAGAUCAGCACUGUCGCUGGGCCCUACAUCUCUCUGCCCCUCCGCCUCACAAACUGGACAUAUCCUUUGCCUCCAGACCGCCUGAGCCUCAGCAACGAAGGUCACAGAACAAGGUCACUGCGCGCCUCUUGGCAGAACUCCUCUGGGGGGAAAGGCCAUUAUAUAGGAACCCUCUUGGAAACCCAGUCCCAGCUGGAGAUCCAAAAUGUGACCAUAGGAAAGGGCGGCACAAACACUGUCUUUGAAGGGCUGGUCCCUGGACGUCAGUACACCCUGAAGAUGGUAGGAGUGGCUGGCCCAUUCCGAUCUCUCGUUCAAUCCACCAGUGACUGGACGCAUCCUUUGGCUCCUUCAGAGGUAAGGCUGACCAGCAGCAAGUGGUCCUCCAAUCUUGUUGCCUCUUGGAACCCACCUCUCUGUGACAGAGACCAGUUUUUUCUGCGCUUCUACAGCCAGCAGUACCCACUUCUGAGAAACAUCACGAUUGGGCCCAGCAUGCAGAAUUUUACCUUCCAAGGACUUGUCCCCGGCAAUCCCCAGUCUCUGGCUAAUGUGAGCGUGCGGUGUGGCCAGACCCCCCAGCAAUUGAUUGUGAGUUGGAUGGAAUCCGGUCAGGGACGAGAAUAUUGGAUACAGCUCUACUCGGAUGAAUCCUUGUCCAUUAUCCGGAACCUGUCGCUCCUGCAGCACCUGUGA